AAAACUUCUGAAAUUAAAUAUAUUUGCAUGUUCAUAGAUUUUGGAUUUAUACUGAGAGAGAAGGUGUAGAUGUCAUUUUAAGGAUUCUUAAGUGGUAAUUAUACCUUUUUUGUGAAAAAAUCAUCUCAGACACACAUUAUUGUUCCAAAUAGACUAUUUUUAUAUGUCUUAAUACAUGUCUGUGGGGGAUCUUAACUUAACUGAUGGUUAAGUUUUACUUAAUUUAAGGUUAAGGAGUUAGGGCUAUCUUUUAUGAUUGGGUUUUUAAUUGUUUUUUGUUGUUGUUUUUUUUACUAAUUGUUUUACUUUAAAGCAUGUUGUAACUUAACAAAGAAAAGGAAAUAAACUGACAGGUAAUGGAGAUUAAAAUCAUGCUACUAUCUCUAUUAGCUCACAUAUGCAGCUCUGAAGUAAACUACAGUAGUGUGAUAUGUAUUUGAUUUAUCAAGCUAAUUGGAGUUUAGCUUCUCAGUGUUUCAACCUCACAUGUUCAUAACGUGUAUUUUAACUUCAAACGAUAUCACUGCUCAUCUACUACAAUAUAAUUUACUAUUCAAAUUUCUAAUUGAUUGCACAACAUCGAUUUCUUGCACAAGACUUCUUCAACUUUUUAAGUUUUUUUUGUUUGUAUUUUUAAGGCUUUUACAAGUUAACGUUAUUUUCUGUCUGACUGUAUCAAUACAUGUAUACCACAGAAGGUGCAGACUUUGUAAAAAUGGCGUCUGUUAUAGGCUGCCUUUAUAACAGGAGCUGUGCUGUCAGUGACCACAACAACAUCAGUGCAUUAUAAGUCCUCUCCACAGAAUGAAGUCUGCCGCCGCAUCAGGACUUGCGUUGGACAAGAAAACACAUCUAAGCCGCCUUCAUCAUGGGAAACUACGGCCGCUCUGCCGCAGAUGUUUCCAACGAACAAGGCAAUGAACAUUUUCACGGAUACCAGGGUGACAUGAUCGCCUUUCACUCAUUCACUUAUUUACUAUCGUCGUUCGGCUCAUCGAAGAAGUGACCUUUUCUGAGGCGGAAGAUGUCAGCGCUGAAAAAGGUGUUACCAUGGCUACUACAGACUCACUGCUGUCUUCUCUUUGAGAAGGACUCAGACCAGAAGUUUUCACCUUGGUCCCCGUCUCGAAAGUUCAAUGAAGGCAGACGCCUCCCUCCGGCCAGGAACAUGAAGGGCUUAUCGGGCAGCCGUUCCCAGCACCAGAUCCCUUUACCCCAUGGCUUGGACUACGACCCCCACGUCCAUGACCUCCACGCUCACCAUGGCCCUGACUCCCGCCACACGUCCUACCUGCUCAGCCCCACAGAGAGCUGCCCCAUGGACUUCCACCACCGCUACUCGCCACGCAGCUCCAUCCACUCUGACUGCAUGAUGAUGUCCCCUGUCAUGAUGCCCCCAGCUGCUGUGUCUGACCACAUCUCCAGCAGCACCUUCCCUAGAAUGCACUACAGCUCUCAGUAUUAUGACUCAGUCACAAGGGAUGACUGUGCUGCCAUCACAGCCUCUGCCACCUCCCCAGCCGUUGCAGCUGCUGCAGCCGCAGCAGCCGCCUCCUCUCACCAUGCCGGCACCAAGAGCAACCGCCUUCCUGCUAACCUAUUAGACCAGUUUGAGAAACAACUGCCACUACACCGCGAUGGCUUCCACACAUUACAGUACCAGCGCACCUCCACCACUACUGAGCAACGCAGCGAGAGUCCUGGCCGCAUCCGACAUCUUGUUCAUUCUGUCCAGAAGCUCUUCACAAAGUCCCACUCCCUGGAAGGAUCAUCCAAGAUGAAUGGCACAAAAGGCGAUAUUGUAGGAGCAGGGAGUUACCACCAUCAUGGCCACCACUCCACCAAACAUGGUAGCAAGAGGAGUAAGAGCAAAGAACGCAAGCACCGCUCUGGCGGCUGGUGGAGCUCCGACGACAACCUGGAUAGUGACAGCACUUACCGCACACCCAGUGUCAUGUCCCGGCACCACGGGGAACAUGUCAGCCACUGCUACCCAGAUUCCAUGCACAGCCACCACUUUGGAGACCUGUCACUCAAGACGUCAAAGAGUAACAAUGAUGUCAAGUGCUCAGCCUGUGAGAGCAUGGCCAUGGCGCCCGAGGGCAAAUUCAUGAAGAGGAGCUCCUGGUCGACACUGACAGUCAGCCAGGCCAAGGAGGCCUAUAGGAAGUCAUCGCUCAACCUAGAGAAAACCAUGAUGCACACAGACCUCAAGCCUUCAUCGCGGACUUGUCACUACCUGCAGGUACCCCAAGAUGAAUGGGGUGGAUAUCCAGGCGAAAAGGAUGAGGAGAUCCCGUGCCGGCGGAUGCGGAGCAGUAGCUAUGUCAAAGCUAUGGGAGAGGUGGAUGAUGAAAGUGGUGAUUCUGACAACAGCCCUAAGACCUCCCCACAGAAGGCCAUUCGGCCUGAUGCUCUCGUCCUCAAAUCAGCCAUGCAGAGACCCCAUUUUGACUCCCAAAGCCAGGGCUACCACUUGCAAACCACAAGAGAUAUGCGGCCCCACCCUAGUGUCACGCUGGACCCUGCCACCACCUUUCAUCCCCCGCCCUUCCGCUCUCGCAACCAGAGCUACAUGCGCGCUGUCAGCACCCUCAGUCAGGCUAGCUGCGUCAGCCAGGUGAGUGAGACUGAGAUCAAUGGCCAGUUUGAGUCAGUUUGCGAGUCCGUUUUUAGUGAAGUAGAAUCCCAGGCCAUGGAGGCCUUGGACCUGCCUGGUUCGUUCCGCACUCGAAGCCACAGUUACCUCCGUGCAAUACAGGCUGGUUAUUCCCAAGAUGACGACUGCUUGCCUUCAAUGACAUCCUCCACUGUCACUUCAACUCUCAGAUCCACAACAGAGGGAUAUGAUGUUGUGGAUGGGACCUCUUUACUAAAUGACGACAUGAUAGAGGAUGAUGACGGUGCCAGCUCCUCUGCCUAUGUGGAGCUGGAGAGGCUGGAGAGAGAGACAGCGGCUGCUCGCAGCCAGCACAGUACUAGCUCCACCGUAACAGCCAUCUCUGUCCCACCGGCAUCCCCACCUUCAUACAGGGUCCCCACUGCCUCACCCAUAGCCUCUGAGCCACCGGUCCCUCAGGCCAUUCAGGCCUUUAAGGAGUCUGCUAACAUGGUUGCAGCAUUCAACAUGCAGUGGAAAGAUGAAAUCUCAGCAAUGCGCUAUGAGCUAGCAGAGCUGCGCAGAGAUGUCUGUGGGGAAUUGAAGACUUUCAACAGCAACUUCUUCAACUUUACUCAGUGCUACAACAUGUGGACUUUGUGCCGGGAGCCUUGCAGCGACAGCACCACACAAACAGAUGACAGGGUAUCAAUAGGAAUUCAAGCAGGCUCAAGCUGGUCCGUUCGACAGAAUACAGAGGACAAGUCAGUGAUGUGCCAACCAGAACCGGCACCCUUCAGCAUCAUGGAUUUGAUGGACCCACCCCGAAUUGAGAUUAUAGAGGGCACCCCAGAGAGCACGCCAGAGGGUUCAGGCAGCCCUGCUAGCCCACUUCCAAUAGAAGACUUCCCAUGGGAGAUAAACAAAACUAAAAAGAUCCAUAAGCAGCAGGACACAGGUGGCCACACAGGUGGUCACAGAAGCGCCAGUCUAGAACUGUGGAGCAGAAAGUACACCAGUGGGCCCAUGUCAUAUCUGUCUAUGUCAUUCUAA